ACGAAGAAACUGUCUACAGUUUUCAAUUGAAUGGGCUCUUGAAUACCAGUGUGAUACGUAUGAUAUACAACGCUGGCAUAUAAAGUGAACGUGCACUCCCUGCUUUGUAUAUCAUAUCGGUGUUCCCCAUGGCUGGACUAUAAUGUUUUAUUGACUGCUUGUGUGUUACAGACUGAAGGAAUGUACAAUGUGUCACAUGCUAUGUACUUUGUAUUACCUGAGUAGGUGAAUGUAAGAAGUUGAAGAGAUUGAAGACAACGUGAGACAUUCUUCGACAUACACUUGGAUAUACCAGCCCAGUGUACUACACUCUCUUCUCAACUCUCAACAGUGGAUUAUUGUCAAAUAGGUGCUUCAUUUGAAAAGAGUUUUCAGAUUUGAUCCAGGUUCUGCCAGGAUGUUGACUAUGAGAUUGCCAGAUUACCCUCUCGGCGGCUUAACGUCUCACUAUGCACCAACGUAUGACGAGGUGAUCGCGAUGCAGAACCAGUACCGAGAACCACCUCCCUAUCCGGGGCACUCUAAACAACUUUAUAACCAGCAACCAGGUCUUCGUCAGAGUUUUUCUGGCAGUGAGACCAGCACCGAUGUUUCUGUUUCGUCCACCGAGAACCUUGCAACCUCACAGCGCCAGGAGCCCCAAGGGGAGGAGACUCAAACCCAGAACUUAUACAAUCAGCUGGAUCUAAAUGCCACUGACAGUGACUAUAGCAUUCUGGCCCGACUUGGGAUGCCCACCUCCACCUCCGUGGAACUCAAACCCACCCCAGUGCCUGCAUAUUUCAUAACUGGCCCCCCACAGGGCAAGGUGUACACGGCUUACAGUGAGGCCUCGCCCGUGUAUGCAUCGGGUCAACUGACCGUGCCACAGUGGUCACCACAAAUGGUCACCACAACACAGUCACCAGUGUCGGUUUCGAGAAGCGUUGAAUAUAAUCAAAAUCUGAUUUCGACAUACAGGACUAUUCCUCAGUAUGUAAACUCACAAUGGAGUUCUCAGUCUUCUACAGAUCAAGGCAGUCAGUUAAUAUCGUAUCUCUCAAACCUGCCGCCACCGCCGGAAUAUCCAGGCCCGAAAGCACCGCAUACAACAGAGAAACCCGAACUCAGAAAGUCAAAUGAAACCAUGGAAAAAAUAGAACUGACUCGAUCACAGCCUGAUCUGUCAAGACUAUCUGAUUCUCAAAGUAAAGUUGCCAUGCCAGUGUAUGCUAGUGAUCCUAAAUUCUCCACAGCAGGUUUAAGCAGCCACGCUCAGAAUGAGGAGGUCGAUCACCUUGCCAUGGCAGCGCGGACAACGCAGGUCAUCGAGAUGCUGUCAGAGGAAAACAGACGUCUGCGAGAUGAGUUAGAAGUAAACUACAAAAAAGUUUCGAAAUUACAAAAGUUUGAAUUUGAAAUCCAGAAGGUUCAUGAAGCAUAUGAGUCUCUGGUAAAGUCGUCUGAGAAGCGCGAGCGGCUUGAAGCCACGUUAAAGAAACGCUUAGAAGACGAACUGAAGAAAGCCAGAGCAGAAAAUACUGACAUACGAGAAAAAAUGGAGAAGUCAUUAAAAGAGUCACAAAAUCAGAAUCUGAGGUCGGAUAAUGAGAAGGCGGCAGACCUGGGGAAACUGUUGGCUCAGAAAAAGGAUCUGUUGUCUCGAACAGGGCAGGGACAGGAGAAGAAACUGGAUAUUUUAGAAUCCACUUUAUCUAACACCGAAGCCAGACUGGUCCAUCUUGGUCAAGAGUGUUCCACCAAGCAAGGCCACCUGGACAAGAUGGAGCAGAUGCAGAAAUCACUCAUGUCUCUACAGUCGGCCAGCGAGAGGCGGGAACAAAUGGACAGACAACUCCGUGCCAAACUGGAGAAAGAGCUGGACUCACUCCGGGCACAACAGAAGUUGGGAUGGAAGCGAGUUCCAGGUCUAAACAGCGACACAAUGACAGUGAUGAGGCUACAACAGAUGCUCAGUGAGAAGGAGGCAAAGAUCCUCGAGAUGGAGGCGGACAUCGCCAAAUGGGAGCAGCGCUACCUGGAGGAGAGCACGUUGAGGCAGCUCUUGAUGGAGGACAGUGCUGGCACCAAAGAUGUCCGACUUGCAGCCUUGGAGAAGAAUUCUGCAGAAACGGAGAAGCUGAUCGAUGAGGCAAAGUCUGAAAAGCUCAAGCACAUGGAAGAGCUCUACCAGGCCAACCGAAAAGUUGCGGAACUAGAGGCCAGGGUGAAGUCAUUGCAAACGCAGCUAACCGAGAAGGAAGCGACGUUGAAGUUGGUGCAGCGGUCGCCGAUGACUCGCAGCAGCAGCGUCCAUACCAUCUAUUGCUCACCGCUACACUCCCCCCGUCCCUCCAUUAUAUCUACUUCCUCGCUCACUCGUCAGGGGAGUCAGUCGGACUCCUACAGGGACUUUGCUACCAUCAAACACGUCAAGACAGGUAGUGCAAGUGCUAUAGACUCAAGGUCUGCAGUGGAAGAAGAGUUGAGGGAGAAGUUCAAAGAUCUGCAAUCAGAGAGCAAGGAUGAUUCAGAUGAAGAAGGAAAACUGCUGAUGUGGCAAGUUUAACACUUCCUUUCGGCAUUAAUCUCAGCAGAUCUGAAGACGUCAACUUUCGUGGAAUGUGAUUGGAAGAAAUACUAAUCCAGAUGCUGUCUGUUAGCUCUGAUUGGUGGACUGCAAGUGAUUGCUGAAAGUUAUGAUUGGUUGAGAGAAAAACCCAUUGUGAUUGGUUGAUUGAUUAUCAAAUUAUGCAAUAUGACUGCCAAAAUGUUAUAUCAGAUGAAUAGCUUGCAGAAAGUAUGAUUUGAUUGGCUGAAAACAGAAAUCAUUUGAUUGAUUGUGAAAAGGAAUCAUGUGAUUGACUGGAAGAAGGAACCAUUUGAUUGGCUGGAAGAAGGAAUCGUUUUAUUGGUUGGAAGAAGGAACCAUUUGAAUGGAUUGAAGAAGGAAUCAUUUGAAUGGAUUGAAGAAGGAAUCAUCUGAUUGGCCGAAAGAGGGAACCAUUUGAUUGAAGAAGAGGAAUCAUUUGAAUCAUUUGCUUGGCUGUAGAAAACAUCAUGAGACUGAAAUGGGAUGAUGCUCUGUGAGCGACUGUUUGAGAUGUUUGGUGACUUGAUUUGUGUGCUAGGAUUGCCGGCCGUGUUAAUUUAAUGUGUGAAAUUCUUGUGCAAUAUGUUGUGCCAUGGUGCUAUUUAAAACAAAGAGGUCUCAGUUGUUUAUAUUAGUGUCAGAGUCUUCCUUCCACUUGAAGUGUUUUCGCAGCCAGUGUAGCAAACAUGCAAAUAGAAAGAAUUAUUUUUCAAAUGAAGACGAACUUGUUGCCAAAUGAUCUAUUGUCAGUUACAUAAGCAUUAUUUUUACUCAAUAACUUGGAAGUUACAUUCUUUUCUUCAGAGGAGAAUCAUGUUCUCCGUGUUAAACAAAACUGACAUUCCUAUCCCAGUAUUGAAAUACGAGUAGUUCUGCCCAGAUGCACGUGAGGCUUGUUUGCUGCACGUCAACUGUUUUUUCGACAUUUUGAGGAAGGGAGACAACUCAAUCCAGACUUGUACAGUGUCAGACUGUAUCUCUGCUUUGGUCAGAGCAAGAUGUCAGUGUACAAGAAUGCUUGUAGGAUGUGAAAAGACGGGUUGCCAUGGAGACCUGCAAUGUCUGUUGGUAUGGAAUAAUACAAGUCUGGUUUUGAAAUGGCACUUUAGACUGUUUUGUGAUUCAGGGGUUGGUAUGAUUUGUAAAACAAGCAAAUAGUUUUAUUCUUCUGCAAACUUGGCUAAUUAAGUUGGUGUUAAGGUGCAUUUACCCUUUGAGAAUCUAUUUCAUACUGAUUUACUGAAAGGUACAUUGGAUACAACACCAAGUUUUGUUUGUUUAUAUAUAUAUCCCAUGCCUGGAUCACAAGACGAGGGUAGUUAUUUAUUUUUCCACUGCCAUGUACACACUGUAAAUAAAAACAAAUACUGGUUGUGCCGUUAUUAAAAUAUAACCCCAAUAUCUCUUAAUUCAAAUCUGCCAUUUUUUACAUUCAUCGAUAACUAGUUUUUUAUGCAAGAAACGUUUUCAUUUCAUUAUCUGUAUUUUCAAAUCAUGACAUGAAUAAUUCUGUAGAUUCUACCCGGAUAAGGUUUUCGGUAUCUGUUUCUGAAUCUGAAACAAGUUGAAGUCAGAACGGGGGCAUGUUCUCAUGGAUAAUCAACUUUUCAUUACAAUAUUACCAGUGCAUGAGAACAUGUCAUUGUUCGUAAAAACUUCUAAAUUCAAGUGAAAGAUGAUAAAAGUCUGGGUUUUUUUUUAUUAGACUGUUACCAUGGUUACGAUGUAUAUGCAUAAUAUGCUGUUGAAAUGAAGCAGGUUCAUAUUAGAUUGUAAUUUUAAAGACUUGUUCUGUCACUAGUCUCCAAGGUUGUAUCACAGAUGUUGUCUAGUUCCAAGGACUAGUAGGCUAAUGCCUACUUGAAACAUAUCUAGUUAUAACACAUAAAGGAUAUAUAGUUAUAUAGGCUAUCAAGAUAUCAGGAAUACGAAGUUAUAAUGGAUAUGUUAUAACGGAUAUGCAGAACAGUAUACAAUGUUAUUACUGAUAGGAAAUUCUUAAGUGGGAUAUAAGUUAUAAAGGGUGGGUGUUAUAAUGUUAUUCACUGACGGAUACAAAGUUAUGACAUUGGGUAGGACACUGAGUUAUACAGGUAGGAAGUUAUGACGGAUAUGCAGUAGAGGAUAUUAGAUUUAUCAACUGGUAGGUAUAAUGUAGGUAAUGAAGUUCUAAAGGUUCUAACUGAUAUGCUAUAUAAUGUAUCGAGGAUGCACUGUUAAGUUGGAGAUUACGUAAUGUGAAAGAAAUCAGCAGAGGAUGUGAAUUGUACAAAAUAUGACGUUCACCAAUAGGAUUAUAAACCCAAGGUAGGAUUCUGUCCAAAGUCUGAAAUAUAUUGUGCAUAUGGGUCAGAAUUAGAUAUGCUUAACGUUUGCGUUAGUUAUUUUAAUUGUAGCAAGAAUUCCUGGCGAAAAAAAAUUGUAAAGGGGUCAAAAUUUGAUAUGCUUAACUUUUGCAUUAGUUAUUUUAAUUGUAGCAAGAAUUCUUGGUGAAAAAAAUGAAAAUCCUAAAGCAUGAAAAUCAGUAACAGUGAUACAUGUAUCUAUACAGUACGGCCAUCUUAUACAGUAUUGUAAAGUAUAUUUUAUCAUUGUGUGAAAUCUGUUUCCAUUUUGGAGUUUUUGAGAUAUUUGGACCUAAGGUUUUUCUUCAACUGAAACUGUGUGUGAUUCUCUGACGUUUUCUGUGAGUUUUUAGCAACAUAUUUUUGAAGAAAUUCAUGUUAUUUUGACUUUCCCAAAUUGCAUAAUGCUCACAUCUGUUCAUACUGAAGCCUUUCAUUGUUUUAGUUUGGUUCAUGGAUCUUUUAACAUUUUGAUUGAAACUUGAGAAGUAAACAAAGCAGAAUACAAAGUAUUUUAAUGCAGCCAACAGUAAAGAUUUUGUUGACGAUGAAAUGCCUCUGUCAGAUUUUAAGAUUGUAAUAUUUAUGAGGAUACAAACAUGGCCGAUUUUUAAAAAAGCAUUUUUCAUCUAACAAUCCAUAUUAAUCUUUAAGAUGAUAACAUAAAUCCUGUAAGAAGCUUAUUUAAUUUUUAUUAUCUCAAGAGCAAGUUUUUUACUAUUGAAUCCUGUAAACUGAAAAAAAAAUAAUGGGAGGGAGGGACUUGGUCGCGGUCAUCGACAUAAGACAUAUAGCCUCAUGGCUCGGUUUGUAAUGUACAUACAUGCUAUAUCUUCAAUGGAGGGGAGUUCGAUGUUUUGAACUUUAUUAUUUUCACCACAUACACGUGGCGUCAAAAUAAACGGCAGAAAAAUAUAAGCAGCAUUAAUAUGGAUCCUCUUCUGGUGCUGACAGUGAAAAUCAUGGCUGCAGCACCAUUGAUGCCAACAAUUAGGAUCCUUUAGAUGUCAGGUUGUUAUGGCGCCAUGUGGAUCUGAUGACUGUCGUAUAUGCCUGGAGUGUCACCUGUUUCCAUGGUUACCACAUGUUGUGUGUUGUCUCCCUCUGGUAGGGAGCUGGUUCAUCUAUAUAAUCAGGUUCAUGAAGUUCAUAGUCAGUAACUUGCAGGAUGCAGGUUUAUUUUUGCUAAAAAACUGUUUGAUAUUGAAAUUCAACUUCAUUGUUGUGUUCAUGGCUGCUUGAUCUGUUUCCAGUUGAUUGGCAGGAGAGAAGGUUGUUGUGGGCUCCUGACAGCACUUUGGUAUAUUGUGAUUAUUAAAAUUAUUGUUUUUAAUAUUUUAUUAUUAUAAUAUGGCAGUCAGGUCAGUUGGAAGCAGUUCACGGCAGUCAUGAAUAACAAAUAACCAUUGGUUGAUUGUACCACAGAUUGCAUGUCAUUAUUGGCAUAAAAUGAUGAAAAUGAAAAUUAA